GCUGUUCCUUGUCGGUAAACGCUGCCACUCAGACGUAAAAAAACAUACCUACCAAACACACACACACACACACACAGAGUCCUCUCCCCUCUCCCCUCUGUUCUGCUUUAUUAUAAGCAUCUAUAACAUCAGCAGCAGCAUUCCCAAUGCCGGCAAAGCGCAACGCAUCCGCUUCUCGCAGCCGCAGCCGCGGUCGAAGGGCGCGCUCAGCGUCCACCUCGCGAACUCCCGCCCGGUCUCGUAGCCGCCGCUCCCCCGUCGCUGCCGCUGCCGCCGCCGUGGCUGCUCUGCCGGGGGCGGUGAAGUCCGUCUUCCAGAAGCCGAAGGCGACGCCGCCGACGUCGAUGUGGGAGGCGGACGCAAAGUUGAUGGACGCGAUGAGCUCCGGCCGCUCGAACUCCCGCUCCACCGGUGUGCGUAAGCUAUUCCGUGGCAAGAAGGGUCGUGUCUGGGGGUUCUGGGUGGCCAUUAUUAUCUUCCAGGUCAUUGCGAUUGUGUGGGCAAAGUGGGCUAUUGACAUGUACAAGCAGUACCGCAACAAGGUGCACUGA